GCCAUUUUGGCUGAGGCGGAAGAUUUGAGACCCACGUUUGCAGAAUCCGUCCGCCAGACGGGCGGCAAGAGACACCGGCCAGAAUGCCGAACGCCGAGAAGCUCGCGAAGAAGGCGCAGUACUUCGACAAGUUGGUCGACCUCUGCAUCAACAGCAAGAACGGUGCACUGCUCGUCGGGGUGGACCACGUGCGCUCGAAGCAGAUGCAGGAGAUCCGGAUCGAGCUCCGGGGCAAGGCCGUGGUGCUCAUGGGCAAGAACACGAUGAUCCGCAAGGCGCUCUUGCUCGGCGCAGAGAAGCACCCCGGCUGCGGACUCGACCAGCUGAGGACGGGCAUCAACGGCAACAUGGGCUUCAUCUUCGCCACCAACUGCCAGCUGGACGACAUCCGCGAGACGCUGAAGAAGUUCCGGCUGCCCGCGGCGGCGAAGGCGGGGCAGCUCGCCCAGGUCGACCUCUCGCUGCCCGCCGGUCCCACGGGCAUGGACCCGUCGCAGACGGCCUUCUUCCAGGCCCUCAACAUCGGCACCAAGAUCGUGAAGGGGCAGAUCGAGCUGGUCGCCGAGACUCCGGUGCUGAAGGCAGGCGAGAAGGUGUCCCCUGGAGGCGCGGUGCUCCUCGGCAAGCUCGGGGUGAAGCCUUUCGAGUACGGCAUGGAGGUGCAGCAGGUGUUCCAGGAAGGUAAGGGGCAACGUUAUAGGGGGCAGAAGCUCAAGGGGAGGGGAUGCAUCGAUCAUUCAUCGCCCAUGCGUAUCGUCUUUCCUCUCCUCCUCCUCCUCCUCCCCCUCCUCUUCCUCAUCCUCCUCUUCCUCCUCUCCUUCCCCUGUUCCUCCUCUUCCUACUUUCCUCUCCUCCUCUCCCUCCUCCUCCUCCUCCUCCUCCUCCUCCUCCUCCUCCUCCUCUUUCAUUUCGUAGCUCUCCAUGGGAUGCCAAAGCUGCAACCCAGCGUGUCCGCGCGCCCCUGUAGAUGCCCAGCUGUGUGUGUGUGUGUGUGUGUGCGUGGCCUGGUACUCCGUCCCGCCCAGAAACUUCGGAGUUGCCAUCGUGGCGUAUCGCCCAUCUAUCGGCGAAGUACAGUGGGGGCGCGCAUCAAGAAACCAUAUGCUUUUCGUCAUGGUAUCCUGGGUUUCUUCGCUCCUCGCGCUGCGCGGUGGCUUCCCGCAGCCGUCGAAGGAGCUGCUGCGUUCAGGGUGCUCCAGGUUUCCCCUCAGGUGCACCUCGCGCACGGGUUCCCAGGGUUGGGUUUCUUACGACUGUUUCUUGCGGCCGCGCCCGCACUGUACGUACCCUGA